AUGAAGCAGCUGCACAAGUCUUCCCCCACCCACGCGCCAUCGUCGGCGCACGCGCCGGCUCCCAAGGCGGCCAAGCUGGCGCGCCCCGGCCCGCGCUCCUGGAUCGGGUACGUCCUCCGCGAGCAGCGCCUCCUCUUCGUCCUCCUCGGCGCGCUCAUCGCCUCCACCUUCUUCCUCCUCCGGCCCUACCUCUCGCUCUCCCCGUCCUACCACCUCCCCGACGCCCGCCCGCUCUUCUCCUUCGCCGCCCGCUCCGGUGUCCCCGCCGGAUUCCGCCCGCCGCCGCGCCGCGUCGUCGUCACAGGUGGGGCAGGCUUCGUCGGCAGCCACCUCGUCGACCGGCUCCUGGAGCAGGGGGUUAGCGUGAUCGUGGUCGACAACUUCUUCACCGGCAGGAAGGAGAACGUCGCGCACCACCUCCGGAACCCCAGGUUCGAGCUGCUCCGCCACGAUGUAGUGGAGCCAAUUCUUCUCGAGGUCGACCGGAUCUACCACCUCGCGUGCCCCGCGUCGCCCGUGCACUACAAGUAUAACCCAAUCAAGACAAUUAUAUCCUUCACGAGUGGAUCUCACCGGUUGAUUUUGCUUACAUUGAAAGAGACUUGUUCUGAUCCCAUCGUCCUCUUCUCUUUUUGUAUUUUUGGUGGUAUAGGUGUUAGGAGCUGUUAUGAUGAGGGGAAGAGAACAGCCGAGACUUUAACUAUGGACUAUCAUCGUGGUGGUGGUGUUGAGGUGCGCAUUGCCCGCAUUUUCAAUACAUAUGGUCCUCGUAUGUGCCUUGAUGAUGGCCGUGUCGUCAGCAAUUUUGUUGCACAGGCACUUCGAAGACAACCAAUGACAGUUUAUGGUGAUGGGAAACAAACUCGAAGUUUCCAAUAUGUUUCUGAUCUGGUUGCUGGAUUGAUGGCUCUAAUGGAGAGUGACCAUAUUGGUCCUUUCAACUUGGGAAACCCAGGAGAGUUUACCAUGUUGGAGUUAGCACAGGUUGUGAAGGAAACAAUCGACCCAAUGGCAACCAUUGAAUUCAAACCCAACACAGCUGAUGAUCCCCAUAUGAGAAAGCCAGAUAUCACCAAGGCUAAGCAACUGCUACAUUGGGAGCCAAAGGUCUCUCUCAAAGAGGGCCUUCCGCUAAUGGUAAAAGACUUCCGUCAAAGGAUCUCGGAUGAGUAA